UGCCGUCGAGAAAGUGCACAGUAACAGUCUUAAUCUUUUCAAGUGAAACAUAAAAUCGGUAAUAAAAAAUGAGUAGCAGGAUUUGCGUGCAAAUUGUUAAAAGAUUUACCGGAAUGUGUUGCCCGUUCGAAAGCCGCCAUUCGGUUUACAGCGGACCCCAUUUGAGAGGGGAGGGGCCAUCAUUGGGUGUAGUGCACCGGGAGGCAGGAGAAGAAGGGGGGGUCUGAAAAAUCGUCCUGGCCAUGCCCCCUUCCAUUUUUCUCCAUGGUCUCUCUCCAUUCAAUCCCAACUCUGCGUCCCAGUCAGAUCUCCAAGUCUUUCGCUCUCCUUCUUCUCUAAAAACACAAUUUCAAAGAAACUUGAGCACAUUUAUAUAUUCCUAAUCUCUCAUCAAUUAUAUGAACUGAACUGCCAUUCAAAAAAAGUGUCCAUCGUGUCUGUGCCCAAUUGAACCCAUCGACAAGUUUGACACGGUCUAAAUAACACUGAAUUUGGAAAUUUUAUUUUUGGAAAAUAUAUUAAUCAAGUGAACAACACGUCGAUAGCGGAGGAAUUCGCCAUUUUUCUGUCGCGUGGUUAGGGAUUUCAAGUGACCGGAUUGCCGAUUUUGAGCCUUGAUUUUUGGUGAUGGCGGCGAGGCGGACUGGCUAAUGCUGUGAUGGUCUCCUGGUUGUUGUCGGUGUAGGAGGCGACGCAAAGGAGUUGGGGAGUGUCGUCGUCAUCUCUGAAGACGGAAGUUCCGGCUGGUGGGCCCCCGCACGUUCCACCCCGUCUUUGAGCACAAGAAGCAACAAAAAUAAGUCAUGCCCAGCACAGCAGGAUCGAUGGCUUACAAAAAGUCUUCGAUGUCGUCCAAAGUCGUCGGUGUAGGAGAGCAACAACAACAACAACAGCAGCAGAGGCGUGCCAUGGGCGAUUCCAGUCAUUACGAAGAAAUCGCCCUCAUCGGCAAUGGAGCCUAUGGAACGGUGUACAAGGCCCGGGAUACGGCCAACGAGGGUCAAAUGGUGGCGCUUAAGAAGGUGCGGGUGCCGCUGACGGAAGAGGGCGUGCCCAUGUCGACGCUCCGGGAGAUUUCCCUACUCAAACAGAUGGAAAAGUACGAACACCCCAACAUCGUCCGGUUGUUGGAUAUUUGCCACGGCCCGCGGCUGGAGCACGAGCAACAGUUGGUCCUCUACAUGGUGUUUGAGCACGUGGAUCAGGAUCUUGCCUCGUACCUGGAACGGUGCCCAUCACCUGGUCUCGGAGCUGAACGCAUCAAGUACUUGAUGUAUCAGAUACUGAGCGGAGUGGAUUUCUUGCACGCCAACCGGAUCGUCCACAGAGACUUGAAGCCCCAAAACGUGCUGGUCACGGCGGCUGGACAGGUCAAGCUGGCGGAUUUCGGAUUGGCCCGCAUUUACGACGUUCACAUGGUUCUCACUUCAGUGGUGGUCACGUUAUGGUACCGAUCGCCGGAAGUGUUGUUGACGACAAGCUACGCCACUCCGAUCGACAUUUGGUCGUGCGGAUGCAUCUUCGCCGAACUCUUCCGCCGGAAGCCACUCUUUAGCGGCCAAUCGGAAGCGGAUCAACUUUCCAAAAUCUUCGAUGUGAUUGGAACGCCUUCGAUCGACGAAUGGCCAGAAACGUCGCUACCCUGGAACAAUUUCGCCAAUCGGCCGCCAACGUCCAUCAGCAACGCUGUGUCUUCAUCCGAGUUGUGUGAUGCGGGCGCUGAGCUCCUGGAACAGAUGCUGGCCUUCGACCCGGCCAGGCGAGUGACGGCCGCCGAGGCCCUGCAGCAUCGCUACUUUCGCGAAGACGGCUACACGCCCAUCACUUUCUCGCCGUCUUCCUCCUCUUCUCUUUCGAGCAGCAGCCCAGUGGCCGAUUCCGCUCGAUCCGACACGCCCGUCCCCAUGUCCUGCAGUAGCAACGACGACUCUGGCCACUCGUCGGCUGACGGCCAGCUACCCGAACCCGACAAUUGACUCGUGGAACUUUUUUAAUUUUUUCACGCUACCUCCGCCCUUCUUCUCUUUCUGUAACUUUGAUUUCCAUUUUUCACCUGGGGUGAAAUUCCUUUAUUUCCCGUUUUAUUUGAACCCCGUUGGUCAGCAGCAGCAGCAGUACUUUUUUUGUUUUCAAGUUUAGUUUUUUCCACAACCCGAAUCCAGCAACAACCAAUGCAAACAUGUCUAGAGUACAACAACCCAUAACAGCCACAGCAGUUUUUUUCUCUUUAGUUUCCUUCCGUGACUUCACUUUCCUCCUCCUCACACGCAAUUGGGUUUUGCGUGUUAACCAAACGACAACGAAAAUGAUAAUCUUGUUUUUUUUUUAAUGACUAUAAGGGAACGACUGUGAUAGUUUGCCGAAUUUGCUCUGCAGAGUCUACGGCGGAACGACAGAUGUCAACCUCCCCUUCAAUUUAACCCCCCCUUCAAAAAUCCUUUCAAUUAUAAACUUGAGCGAUCGUCAUUCCAUCGAAUCGGUCCGUUACUCGAUUCAAAUCAUGUCCUUAAAUCAAAUUUUUCCCCCAUCUUUUGUUACUUUUCCGGGACUCUUGGAUCCCUUUUUAAAAAAGCAACUUACAUAAGAAGGCCGAUUUCUCAUCUUACUUUACCAACAUACCCACUUACCCAUUGAAAUAAUAAUUAUUUUUUUCCCCCACUUUUACUUUCACUCUACAAUUGCGAAAUAAAUUAUUAUUUUUUUUUUCUUUCUACGAACGAAUGGGCGCCGUUUACGAAUUACAAUUGAAUCAUGAUCGUGUUGCAGUGCUAAGCCGAUUUUGCCCCGCCACAACAACCUUGUACUUGUACCUUACAGUGUUCGCCAAAUGGAAUGUCAUAAUUUUGUUUGUUUGUUUUUUCUUUCUUUUCUUUUUUCUGUAUCAUACUACUUUAUGUUCUGAAUAUCAUCUAGUUUUCUAUGGCCCGUUGUACAGCAUUGAAAAUAACUGGACAGAAGGAAGAAAUCAUUUUUUGACAAUAAGGAAACCGAACCUCUUGCCACAACAACAACAACAUAUCCGCAAUCUACACAUAUCCUACAGGUCUCCACAUCUCUCCAACUCGCCCUGACUUCUGCCCACAUCCUCACAGUCUCAUUGAAACUUUCUACAUAUCAGAAAAGAAAAACCGCCAGGUUACAACAGUCUCAACAACUCAAAGUAGUCUCCUUUUUUUAUUUUUAUUCCAUUAUUUUUAUUUUUUUGCUAUUAGUCGCCCUUCACUGGCGAUCCGCCAUAAUCGAGAAAAUAUAGAAAAAAUCCAA